CUGCGCGCCCGAGUGUUUCCCAAGUGUUUGAAACUGGUAUUUGGUUUUCCACGUUGGAUCAAGUGCAGGGGCAACACAGGUACUAGUCGCCGUGGGUUUGUUUUUUUCGCCGAAAAGAGAAGCAGAAGGAAUUCCCACACUACGGUGCUUGAUUUGUGUUGGGGGUUUUUUUUUUCCAUAUUUGAACCUCUCCUCUGUUUGGGAGAGGAGGACUUUACAAACGUAAGUGACCCCAUAGGCUGUUGCCUGACAGCCAUUCAAUCUGUUUCUGCGCUGCAGCGAAGGAUAUUUUGAUCUUUCUGCCGUCCUCCUCACCCCCCCCAAAAAAAACAACUAACAAAAAAGCAAAUGUAGGUUUUCCUGGAUUUCGGCGGAGUCUGAUUUACUGGGAGGAUAAAAAUGCUGAGCCCUGCCAACGGCGACCCGAUCCACGUUGCUAACUAUGUGGAGGAGUAUUUAGACUUGGUCGAAUCGUUGCCUUUCGACUUGCAGCGAAAUGUGUCGCUGAUGAGGGAAAUCGACGCUAAAUACCAAGAGAUCCUGAAGGAGCUGGAUGAAAUCUAUGAGAAGCACAAGAAAGAGGGAGAUCCGGUGCAGAAGAAGAGACUGUUGCACUGCAUCCAGAGAGCACUGAUCCGCAGCCAAGAGCUGGGGGACGAGAAGAUCCAGAUUGUCAGUCAGAUGGUGGAGCUGGUGGAGAACAGGAGCAGGCAGGUGGAGGGUCACGUGGAGUUUCUGGAGGCCAGCCAGGAGCCCAGCGAGAGCCUGGUGGUCCCGGGCAAGACGACCCAGGAGAAAUCGAGAAGCGAGACAGUGGGUGCCAACGAGAAGUCCAGCAACAAGAGGUCCAGGAGGCAGAAGAACAACGAGAACCGAGAGAACGCCAGCAACAACCUGGAUCACGGGGACGAGAUCAGCACAGGGACCCCCAAGGAGAAGAAGGCCAAGGCGUCGAAGAAGAAGAAGCGGUCGAAAGCCAAAGCCGAGAGGGAGGCCUCUCCUGCCGACCUGCCCAUCGACCCCAACGAGCCCACUUACUGCCUGUGCAACCAGGUGUCGUAUGGGGAGAUGAUCGGCUGCGACAACGACGAGUGUCCCAUCGAAUGGUUUCACUUCUCCUGUGUGGGACUCAACCACAAGCCCAAGGGCAAGUGGUACUGCCCCAAGUGCAGGGGGGAGAACGAGAAAACCAUGGACAAGGCUCUGGAGAAAUCGAAGAAGGAAAGAGCUUACAACAGGUAGUGAGUUACCCACCAGGGUCCUGGGCAGAGACUAAGUCGAGACGCGCGUUUUCACGGUGAGGGUCGUUGUUCAGCGGGGCAGGGGGCUGGAAGGGUUGGGGGAUGGCGCUUUUGUCCAGAGGUUCCUAGUUGGUCAAGCCUUUCCCUGUAACCUCACAGGUGCCGGAGAAAAGGAAUGGGAGGGGGCAAGUCUAUCAGUUAAUCAACAGCAGCAGUGUUAGUAUCUUGAACGCCUCGGCGAAGAGUGAACGAAGAAUCCUGCAACCUGGAGUUUGCCCAUUUUGAUUCCGGGGUGUGCCGCUCGCCCGCUCGGGAGUUUCCGCCUCUGAAAUGCCUAAAAUGACCCAGGGUUCGGUUGCAGAAGAGCAGACCAGGGGAUUCCCAGCUUGCCUUGCUGCAGUGACUCCUUUCGGUGACAGACUGCCAGCAGGGGCUGUGGGAUUCAAUGAUCGGCACUGAAGCUUAGCUAUUUCUGCUCUGCUUCUGCAAGGUGAAGUGAACUGCAUUUCAUCAGCACCUUCCAGAGGACAUUUCCUUUGGCCGAGUUUGGGUGUAAAAGGACAAGUAGGGUAACAAUUUGGCGAUCCAAAAUACCAGUAUAAAAGGAAGCAAAUUCAAAAAGCAAGCAGUAUUUGGCAACUUUUUCAAGAUUUGGGGGGAAAAAAUGAUUUUUUGGGGGGAAAAAAGAGAUGUGGAUUCUAAAACAAGCUUGAUUCCUAACAUUGUCUUCCACAUGCUACUGUUUGUAUUAAUUAAUUAGAUCUUCCCUCCUCUGAGUAGAUGUUAAGCUGUGAUUCACUGUAUUUUCUUUUGUCACAGGAGUGCUUUCACUUUUUAAAGAAAUAUUUACAAAGCAAUAAUUCCACACCAACACCAAUCUUUUUUCUUUUCUGUUCUAAAAAAGCGUACCGAGGAGUUAAAUUAUUUUGAAAUGCCAACACUGUUAUGAAGUGGUUUCUGCAAAUCUGUCUAACUUCAACUAUUGCUGCAUUUGUGGUCAGUAUUUUUUUUUUAAAUAAAUUUGAGUUAACCCA